UUCAGGGGAGGAGGAACGCCUCCCGGGUGAGGCGUGAACGGCGCGGUGCAUGCUGGGGACGCCUCUCUUUCGGGGAAAAGCGCGGGACGCAUAAAAGUACGGGUCCCGAGAGGUUGGUCGCGCCCUGGGCUCCAAAACGUGGUGGUGUCUCAGAUAAGAAUACAGCAUGCUUUUAAACAUUACAGACUAGAGAAAAGUGAGGGGGGAAAAGUCUAAACAUGAAGCCAUUUCUGACCACGUGCAGGUUACUUAGAAGUUUAAACGGAGUUUCCGUAAAACCAAGCCCUCUUGUGAGUCUCUCCACUUCCUCUUAUUUGUGUGGCCAGAAGAAAAAGAACUCUUACGAAGCAGUAGACCAGGCCAAGUAUUCUCGUUUAGUACGGUCCGUCUUGUCCAGAGCCCCGGUCCAGACCCCGGAGUCAUUGUUCAAGGAAGACGCUGUACUCUAUGGUCCUGUGAGUAAGCGUAAGGCUCCAGGGCAAGAGCAGCAGGCAAGAGUUCCACAGAACUGGUUUCCUAUCUUCAAUGAAGAGAGAAAUGUGAAACCACACACAAGUGUUUCUUCAGGUCCUUUGAAGAUCCCUUUGCAAAGAAAUGUGAUCCCCAGUGUGACACACAUCCUUCAGCAGACCAUGACGCCAGAGCAGAGUUUCUUUUUGGAGAGAUGGAAACAACGGAUGGUUCUGGAGCUGGGAGAAGAUGGAUUUGCAGAAUAUACUUCAAAUACCUUUUUACAAGGCAAACAGUUCCAUGAAGCUUUGGAAAGCAUACUUUCACCCCAGGAGAACUUAAAAGGGAGAGAAGAGCACCUCCAGUGUGGCUAUAUCAAAAGUGUCCAGCAUAUUUUGAAAGAAAUCAGUGGUGUGCAAGCUCUGGAGAGUGCUGUCAAGCACGAGGCCUUGAAGUAUGUAGGGCUGCUGGACUGUGUGGCUGAGUACCAAGGCAAGCUGUGUGUGAUCGAUUGGAAGACAUCAGAAAAACCAAAACCUUUUAUUCGAAAUACAUAUGACAACCCACUACAAAUUGUGGCGUAUAUGGGUGCUGUAAACCAUGAUGCCCACUACAGUUUUCAGGUUCAGUGUGGCUUAAUUGUGGUAGCCUAUAAAGACGGGUCCCCUGCCCACCCUCACUUCAUGGAUGAAGAGCUCUGUUCCAAGUAUUGGGCCAAGUGGCUUCUUCGACUAGAAGAAUAUGCAGAAAAACAAAAGAAUCAGAGUAUUCCAAAGCCAGACUAGAGGCCAGGAUAUUACUUGGGAACAUUCAGUGAAUCUGAGAGUUACGUUAACACAAACUGAAGAUGUAAUUUGUUGGGACUUAUUGCUGCUGAGAAGCCAGAAAGUCUAGAAGUCAGCACUGGACCAGCUGUCGUACCUCUGACUGCUACCUACCUGAGAAGAGGGCACACAGGAUUGGCAGUCACCUUGGUGACUUCUGGACUCUCUUGCAAAUCUUUUUGUUUCCCUGGCAGAAUGCCUAGUCUUUGAAUUGAGAUCAGAAGGCAGUGAAGCUUCAUGUGCCAAGCAUGUCCCUAGGGUUCUCAGGGAGGGGAGGGGUCACACACUGCCAGGGUGUGUAGAGGGAGAGCACAUCAACCAUCACCACUGUAACAGGUUCCUGCAAGGUGCUUUAUACAGUAGGACUCCUGUGUCAUUAGGGGAAAGCUGCUUCUUAACAUUGAAUUCAUUCACAUGUGACUGUUUGACCCAGAGUAAACCUGGCUGCGUAGAAAGCUGGAACACUCAGCACAUCAUUGGCCAGAUCCUUUUCCAUACAGAUAAGCCCCAGCAAUGGUCACCAUUGUUAGGGUUUUAGUACCCUGUUUCUAAUGUCAGUCAGCAGGCCAUGUACUAGAAAGAAAAAAAAAUACUAUUGUGGGGUUUUUCAACUAAGAGCAACACUGAUAAUCCAUUUUUCCCCCUGUGUUUGUAGGUAAUCAUUGAUUGUCUUUGAAUUUGGGAAAGUUAAAUAAAUGCCAUUAUUUCCCUGGGAGAGGGUUUUCUAUUUUAUAAAGUAAACCUCGUAGAGUUUAAGUUACACUACUAAUUUAAAAUUAUAGGUUCUGUAAUCACAUUUACUUUUCAUUAGUCAUAAAAAAAAAAAAAUAAAAGGUAUUUAGCUGACUCAGCAGUUAAAUGCUUCCUAGUCUCUCAGAGGACCAGAGUUUGGUUCCCAGUGCCCAUGUCUGGCAGCUCACAACUGCCUGUAACUCCAGUUCCAGGGGAUCUAGCACCCUCUCCUAGACUCUGAGGACACCCGUACUCAUAUGCAUAGACACACACAUACACAUAAAUAAUGAGCUUUUUGUUUUGUUUUCUGAGACGGGGUUUCUAUGUGUACCUCUGGCUGUCCUGGAAUUCACUCUGUAGACCAGGCUAGUCUUGAGUAAUAAGCUUUUUUUAAAGAAAAAAAUAAUAGUAAGAGUAAUAAAAAGUUUUGUUUGUUUUUA